AUGGAUUGUUACAGGUUUUAUCAUCUGCUGCUCGUCGCCACAAUGCUACUCGUACUCGUCGCAAUAUCAAUUGUUGAUGCUCAGGAUUAUCCUCCAAGGUUCUUAGAAGUGGAUCCAAAGGACUCCGAAAUAAUUGAGAAUGGCAAAUUCGCAAUUGAUGCCCACAAUGUAAAAGAAAACGAGAACCUAGAAUACAGGUCAGUUCUUAGGGCUGAAAAACAAACUUGGCAUCGCUUGAAAUUUAAUCUACUUAUUAACACGACAGGCAAUGCUUUGUAUCAGACCUUCGUUUUAACUGGGUUGGGUAAGGAAACAAAAGAUAAAGAGUUGGGGUCUUUCUGGAAUGUAGAUGAUCCACGCCAUUUUAUUUCUUGGAUUGAUGAAUAA